GCUGUCAGUGGGUGGAUGAUGGUUUGUGAUGUGAUGUGUUGGAAGUUCUUAUCGAUAGUGUUUUGAAUUAUUUGUUUUUCCGCAAUAUUUAGCAAAAAGUUGGCAUAAAAAGGAGCAAAUUUAGAUAACAUUAACUGCUGGGUUAUUAGAAAUGCAGUAUUCCAAGUGAUAAUCGAGUGUGCAAGCGAAUGGCUUGAUUUUUUUUAGAGUAACGAUGUCGGUACAGAAAUAAUGUGUACGUGGUGCAAAUAAAUUGCAAACCGGCCAAAGAGAUACAAAAUCUAAUAACGUAAGCUUGUUUUUGUGUUUCAAGCAAUUAGAUUAUUUGCUUGAUGUAGUGAAUAGAGAACUAAAAUUGGUACAGUGAUUCCCUCCUUUAUACUGGACUAUUCAGCUUGCCGGUCGAUCACAAGAGAAAAGGUCGAUAACAUUCAACAGAUUUACAGCCGUAUCUUAUCUUGAAGUCGAUAUGCGAUUAUAGUUAGACGACAAACCUCAAUUGUUGUAUUUUAAUACCCCGAAAACAGUCCCCUCCGAAGCGAUUGAAAGGGGAUACAAAAUCGCAUCUGGUUCAGUGCGUAUCAGGUGCUUAGACCGAAAAGGUGAGCGCUCGUAGAGCGGUAAUCAGAAUGUGGCUGGCUAAUUUAGCAGCCCUAGUAGUGAUUACAGGUGCCCUUAUCACCACCGGGGUGAGCGGAAAUGAUGCGAACUACCUGUUUACGACAGAUAGAUUACCAGAAAAGGCCGUCACACCAACGUUGGCAAAUGGUAACAUUGCCUUCGUAGUGUACGGCGAUGCCGUUCACAUGAACGGGGUUUACAACGGUCUCCGGGGUGUAAGCCACCGAGCCAGGAUUCCAAACUAUGCGAACAUACAAAUAACAUUCUGUGCCGCCACGAACAUAAACAAAACCAAUUGUAACUAUCAGCUGGAUAUGAAGUACAACAGGUUUGUUACUGUUUAUGAGGAUGUGACAGGUUUCCGAGUUGUUCAUACGGUUUAUCCAAACCGUUACUACGAUAAGGUGAUUGUUAAUAAAAUACGUAUCCAACGGUUAAGCUCGCAAAGCAUAAUCAGUGUGCAACUGGAGCGGUACGCAGGUCAACCCAGCGUGGACGUGACGUUCAGUCAACCUCAGCUGGUAGACAUUAAUGGAGUGUUAUAUAAUCGUCACUGUGGCACAACAAACCAAGUUGAAGAUCCUCGGUAUCAACAGUUUGGACACAACGUAUGCGUUUAUUUCACUCAAUUACCACAGCAGAUUUUACUGAGCGUUGACAAAACAGCAGAAGAAUUCGAGUAUUACACGGUUUUUGCACACUCAACUGUUGAAGCUGAAAACGAGAUUAGAGCGAUUAGUAACGCCCAAUUCGCUGAAUCUUUGCACACGCGAGAAAUGGAUCGUGUUUGGAGCAAAUACGGAAUUACGGUGGAAGGCAACGAUGACCUGGAUCGUGUUCUCAAAGCAAGCUCCUUCUAUCUAUCCAGUUCGUUGCCUGCCCAGUAUACCAACCAACCGAGUAGUUAUCCUUUCUAUGGCCUCUCACCUUCCGGUUUGGGACGUGGUGGUGAGGUGGAAAAGGAAUAUCAAGGGCACAGCUUCUGGGACACCGAAAUGUGGAUGUACCCACCGGUUUUGUUGAUGGAUCCUGUCAACGCACGUAAAUUACUUCACUAUCGAACGGUUGUUCAUCGGGCAGCUGCCGAUAAAGCGGCUGAAAACGGAUACGAAGGUUGGCAGUUCCCCUGGGAGUCUGCGUUUACUGGAACGGAGGUUACUCCCGAUUGUUGUCCACACGUCUCAAAUUAUCAACAUCACAUCACUGCCGAUAUAGCAUACGCUGCUCGGCUGUACUACUACGCAACUCAGGACGUUGAGUGGAUGAGAUCCGAAGGGUGUCGCCUGGCUUAUGAAACUGCACGGUUUUGGAGGAGCCGAGCCGAGUACAACAAUCAAACCGAUUUGUACGAUAUCCACAGAAUUAUGGGACCCGAUGAGGAUCAUCAUGAUAUUACUAAUAACGUGUUCACGAACGUAGUUGCCGCCCAUAAUCUCAUGUUCGGGGACUUUGCCAGCUGUCUCUGCGCUGAAGCGUUGGAUGCGUCGAAUGAAGAACGCCGGGAGUUUACCAAAAUCGCCAGAGCGUUAACGGAAGUUUUCGACAGACUAAGGGAUUUCCAUCCGCAGUACGCUGGAUACACGCUAGGAACGAUGAUCAAGCAAGCCGACGUGGUCCUUCUCGGUUAUCCGUUGGAAUUUCCCAUGAAUGAGUCCACUAAAGCCAAUAAUUUAGGCUACUAUAGUUUGGUAACCCGUCCGGAUGGUCCAGCAAUGACCUGGGCAAUCCACACGAUUGGUCAUCUUGAUUUGGAACAGCAUGAAGCAGCACGAGCCAUGUUCGUCAAGAGUUACCAACAGUACAUGCGUGCACCGUUCAACGUGUGGAGUGAAAACGGUGAUGGGACGGACGGCGCUGGAAAUUUCAUUACUGGUGCUGGAGGCUUUCUGCAGUCCGUUAUCAACGGUUACGCCGGAGUACGUCUGCGACAGGGUGAACUGGUUGUUACACAACCACUGCUGCUACCGCAAACCAGCAGACUUUACAUUCCGGAAAUAAGCUAUAUGGGUGUGAGGUUCUAUCUUGACAUCCGUACCGGCCAUGUGCGAAUUGGUUUCAAAGAGGGUUCCCGCUUCGAAGCCGUGAAAGUUUUCAUCGAUGGAGAGGAGCACAAUGUUACAGACACGGAGUUCAUUUCCUUCAACAAUCAAGUGAUUUUACGUCCAGCUUACGAGGCUAACGUUAACGGCUGCAAACUGCAGGAAACCCAAAUCGGCAUCAGGGUUGCCGAUCAGGAAAGCUCCGGUUUUAUGUCCCGUGUCAGUCCUAUCAUCAUUGCCCUGCUGCUGGUAGCGCUUACUUUUCGGAAGUUCUUAUGACCAUUAAUGAAACAUCACGCUCCCGGUAGGGAGGGUGGUGACUCUAGAGGAGGAAACAAUAUCAAUAGAAAAAAACGAAAACACCAGAAAGUUCCCAAACGGUUACGGCAUCAAUCAUAGCUGUUGCGAUUGUUGUAGGAUUUUUUUUUGUUGAUUUCGAAAAUGUUUCGAAUGCUUUCCUAGUACGGUUUGGUUUUCAACAACGCAAUUCAGGCCCAUUUGGAUGACGGUAAAUUGUGUAAUUCAAGCAAUUUGAUCGAUUAUCUUAUAAUUUAAAUAAAAUUAUCUGAAACGGCAGUGAAAGAUUGAUGAGCAUAAACAGCAUAACAGACUUGAAAAGAGUGUCUCGCUAAAUUUUGCACUCAUAAACAGUUAACACACUAUCGAAAUUGUCGGAGCUUAUCAGUCAAUGUGUUUUGAAAAAAAGAAACAAAUUCAAUUAUAUGAAUAUGCAUACGCGAGAUAACAAUUGUGAUCGAUUGGAAGCCAGCAAACACGAAUCUGCACGUAAGUAGAUACUGUAGAUAAUUCGUGUAUUUAACCCUCAUAAAAUUGUACUGGUUGAUUCACAGUUUUUACAAAAUGUUUUCCGUCGUAAUUUAAGCAGAUUUAGAAUCGUGUUAUGUUGCAAAAACUCUGCAAUAUGACCCUAAACAAACGAAAUUUGUUACCGAAAGGUUUGGAAAUAAUAGAAAAUAACAUAGAUGCUGCAUUUUCUGAUCGGUAUCUUGAUGUAUUGAUAUAGGUUUCUCAAAUUUAUAAAGGAUUUUUAUUAGAUAAUUACGGGGAAAUAAUCUUUUAGAAAGUGGUUUAUCCAAUCAAUUGUACAUCUGUUAAAGAGUACUACAAUUGAUCAAAAUAAUAGUUGCAGUGGCUUGAGUUCCUUUACAAAGAAUGCGUUACACAGGUAAACAUAAAUUUUAUAGCUUAUAACGCCAGUACAAUAAUUCUAUGUUACCAAGAGCAGUUUCUAGGACCAGUUCUGGUCCAUAGAAGCGUUAUAGGUACGUUAUAAAACCGUUAUUGUUAUUGAGGUUGUGUAGGUACCUAUAGGUGAAGGGUGUUCUGAUCAAAAUUUGUUCAAACAAGAAUGGGUGUGGGUUGGUUCAAUUAAGUUUCGGUUGAGCGACCGGAUUGUACAACCAACUAUUCCAUUUAAUUCGUCGCAGAACGUUAGCUUACUCUCUACCCUACUUCUCGCUUCCAUCAGUUUUUGUGACUUGCUCAAGUGCCGCUAGACGAUGGUUCAAUAUUUCUCGAUUGGGCGCAACCCUGAUGUGUUGUGGGGGGUCUUUGUCCUUGGCCACCAUCUGGAAGUUGUCUGCGGCAUAUUACUCCAUGACCAAAUCCGACCGAAACAGCACAGAACAACCUUGUUGCUUUAACGUAAAUUUACUGGUAGACAGUCCCGGUUGGAGGAAAAAUGCCACUAUUCAAGCAGCCAAACCAAACUGUUCUGUGCGGAUUUCGACAGUUUCAUAUGCUUGAAAAUAUCUGCCAUUUCCCCUUCCGGUUGCGUCAUAAAACUCCUACUCAGGAGCUGUCCUACUCAGGAACCCAUCACUACGCGAUCAAAUUUCGUUAGCAACAUCGUGUACCGUUUGAGGAAUCGUGUUUUAGCCGCCUUACUUGGUUUAUCAUUGUAACUUGAAGUCAUUACAGAGGAGUGUUAUCCGUAUCUUAACGAACGGUGCAGUCGACUUAACGAAUAGCGCUAUUUCAGAAAAAGCACCCGCCUGACAGAUAAAUUUGUUGCUAAUAUUGUUGAGUGAAACGUUAUGCGGUGAAUUGCUCUUUCUUUUUCGCAUAUGGUGAGAUGCAGGCAACAAAAACAUGGCGCCCAUCACUUCCCCCUGGAGUCAUUACCUUUUUAAACGUCACCUCGUUUUUAGCUUGACGUCUGGUUGUAGACAACCCUCCAAGCUUGUUUGCGACAUCUCGAACAGAAAAGUUAGGGUUUCGCUUGAAAGCGCUCCCAGACCUGUUGUCGUUUGAUUUGCUUCCUAUCCAGGUUUCCUGGCUGUCGACUUCGAUGCGGCAAAUCCACUUGCUUGAACACCAUUUUGAUAAUUGAAACGAAUGUCAAAAUCUAAUUAGAGGCACGAUUCUGAACACGCACUUCUACACAAUAAAGGGUGCUCAGGUUUUUCUAAGCUCACAACUGAAAGAAGUUCAUCAGGUUUAAGUUAGCCGAAUUCUGAUCGUAACACCCUUUAUUGCUUAAGCUAUUAUAAUUUUACUACAAAUUCGUAAGGCAGUAAUUGAAAUCAAGAACUAACUAAAUCAGCUAUGGUAUAUAGCUUUAAUUCUAAUGGCAAUAAAAACAAUGUUGAAGCUGUAUUCACGGAGGUUUAACGUAAAAACAUCUAGGCUAUAAAAAUGUAGCUUUAGAACUAAAAUCUGAUCAAAAUUUCUGUUCUGAAUUCACAAUAGAGAUUAUGAUCAGAAUCUGUAUGAUCAGAAUGUAAAAUUUGAAAACAACUAGCUCAACACAUUCAUACAACUUUACAUAAACUAGUUAAAUCUAAUGGUUUAUCGUUAGAAUUUUCAAAUAUAUUCCUAAAUAGCUUUGAACAAGUCACGAUCAGUAAGCAUUUUGUUUGCAUAGGAGCUUAUUAAGUUUUUUUCUUGGGUUUUAGCUAUGAGACAAUUGAUAAGGUAUCUAUUUCUAUUUGAAUAAAAUGUUUUUUGUGACGAUAUGUAUAGACGGAACCUAUAUUCUAUAGAAGCAAAGAAUAGGUAUGUCCAUUAAAAAAAACUUAUCACAAACCUUGUCUCAUAAUUAGUCAUAUUGGGUAGUCUUAAUAGUUUGCUCUUCGAUCAGUAGCAAAAGUUUAUAUUUUUAAGCAAUCUAAAGAGUGAUGAUUAAUGUGUAACUAUAAUAGUGAUUAGGAUGGGUAAAUAAUAUAAUUGAGAUGUUGAA